AACGUGAUAAUAGUAACUCUGCAAAAGAGCGGUUAAUUUGAACUCGACUUUAAGUGCGAUGAGCAGUGGCUAUAGUUUGAAGCAUAAAAACAUGUUUUAGAGAACGUAAGAUUACUGACAGGCUUCCUAGUUAUUGAGUUUUUUUAACGUCUUUAUGGUGUUACACACAUUACCCUGAUAAUAUUCUCGCCAUUUUACUACUGCCUAUCUGAAAAAAAGUAUUUUCAUUUUACAUGUAUUUAAAAUCAGCAUUUCAUGGAUAUAACUAAUAGAUGAAUAGAAAGACAAAAAAAAAAUAUUAACUCCUGAAUCAGUGAUCAAACUAGUAUGUCUUACUCUUCCUCUCUGUGUAUUUUAUUCAAGGGUCUCGAAUUUGUUAUGGCAAAGGAUUUGGCACCACUUGAAGGAGAUUAUGUAUGUGAACUAGUAAUUAAGAUGGUGCAAACUACUGAAGAGUAUCAGUAUGAUUUCAGCCGUUGCUUAGCCAUUGAAGCUACGUAUAAAAACAAUAAAGGAUUGUGUUUCGAUAUUUAUGAGUUCAUGGGUAUUUUACAUGGGACAGAGCAUUUCUUGACAGUUCUCCAAGCCAAGAUUGGAGGUCCUUGCAUCAUUAUCCACCUCACGGAUGACUCAGGACAAUCAGUUACUUAUUCUUGUACAUAUUGCAUGGACAAAGGAAAAUGGAUUACAAAUAACAUGCCUCAACUGAUCUUUCAUCCAUGCAAGCUGUUGUUUCAACUUCCAGUUCUGAUACAGGAAGAGGAUGUUAAAGAAAUGGAGUACAAAAUCAUUAAUUACUUGCAGAAGCUUUGCAUCUUUAAGCAUCACAUUCUAGUAUCAUUCAUUUUAGAUGGAAGAACAAUAACCAGUGCUCAGUUUUCUGCUGUUAGAGAUGCUGCUUUGAGUUUAGGUGAAUCAAACCUCCAUUUACAUGUUCCACAAUUAAAUGUGAGUUUUAGUGUGACAAUGGCGAUCAGUGCUUACUCCAUUUGCAGAGAUGAUGACAGACACUUGCAUAUAUCAGUUUUAGGACUAUCAGCAUCUGUGUUCCCUUUGGAUGUCCAUUACUGGCAAUCAUUACUGGAAGCUUCACUUCCAGAUGACAUUACUCUCUCAGACCCAGUAAUGAUCUGUAAUGACUAUUGCAACAAAUUACCUUCAGACUGGUGUCACACACUGCAAGGCUGCAAACAAACUAAAACAGUAUGUGUAUUUAUUACAUUUGAAUUGGACAAAAGUGAAACAAUAUGCUCAACAGAUUUGCAGAAAAUAUUAGAGGGAAAUAUUACAGUACUGAUAGAACAAAACAAGUCACCCAUGACAAAGUUGCUGAAGAAAGCACUGAAUUUAUUUAUAAGUACUCCAGAGGAAAACAUAAACUCUUCUGAGAGAUAUGCCAUUCCAAAAACUGCCAGUUUGAAAACUGCUCACCUGCAGCAGUGA